AUGGUGCUGAGCGUAGAUGGCCUAAAAGAUGAAAUUCGUCAAUAUGCACCGGAAGUCGACUGGUUGGUCAAUUCGUUCGCCUAUGUUGGGGGUAUGGCCAGCGAUAAAAGGAUUUCUUCUGUUGAGGUGGAAAAUUUUCGAGGAUGCAUGAAAAAGAUAAAGUACGAAGCGGAUGCGCAUUUGAUAAAUUUCAUAGCGCUGGCUGACCAAGGAUACGGUCAGUCGGUAAUACGCUCUGCUGGCGAUCUAGCAUUUUCGUGUCGCAAACCAGCGCUUCCUGCAGACGUCUUGUCCUUCAACUCUGGUCACCACUUUAUCACAUUGCCCAAAUGGAAUUCCAUGGCAAGCGGUAGUUUAGGCUUUCAGUUACGCACACAAGAGCUUGAUGGACUUAUUCUUUAUCACGGAUCACUGCCAACAGCUAAAACGGGUCUUGAUUACAUUGCAAUGGAACUGGUAGAUGGGCAUCUGUUCAUGAUUAUUAAUCUUGGAUCAGGGCAUAUAAGAUUGCAGACAACAGCAGUGAAAAUAACGGAAGGAACGGUAUGGCAUAGCGUAACACUUGAGAGAAUGGGACGAAUGGGAACGGUGAUUGUGGAUAAUAUCAGAACCGAUUUCUCAACACCUGGCGUUUCCGCUAAUCUCAUCGUCGAGGAGCCAAUCUAUCUGGGUGGAGUACCAUGGCCUAUGAACGAGUCAGACGUGGUCGAGUUUCGUGCACCAUCUCCGGUCUGGACUGCAAAUCUCCGAAAAGGCUACAUUGGGUGCCUGAAGAAUGUGCGUAUCAACGGUAUCAGUGCUAAUAUUGCUAGCAUUCUCGAGGAUCAUCCGGAGAACGUCAAAGAAGGUUAUUUCCUUCCAAUUUUUUCGUCCACUGCUUCUUAUUAG